GCGGCGCAGGCCGCUGGAUAAAGCGGAGGAGGAGACGGCGGUCCGGGUGGAUUGAGCUGAGGAUCUCAGGACGGGAACAUGUGAGCAGGGAAUGGGCGACUGGAAACAGGAUUAUUGUUCCACACAGCAGAGACACGCAGGAGGGGCCCGGGACAGGAGAGACACGGGCACACUGUGACAAAUCCGAGGAGUUUUUUUUUUUCCUUUUUAAUUUUUUGCGCAUCAGAGAAAUCGGGGGAAUAUCUGGCCAGAGAUGAACACCAUUGUGUUUAACAAGCUGAGCAGCCAGGUCCUGUUUGAGGAGAAGGCGAAAGAGGUGGAAAUGAGCAGCAGAAAUUAUCUAGAAGUCAUCGACGGGCAACAUGCAGACCUCCUCUCCAGCAACCAGAGCAUCAGAGACAACCAGGCCAUCAGACACAGGCGGAGCGGGGGUCGGCCCAGCGGCGGUAAAGUGCGGCACAAGCGCCAGGCCCUGCAGGACAUGGCGAGACCGCUCAAGCAGUGGCUCUACAAGCACCGAGACAACCCCUACCCCACCAAGACGGAGAAGAUCCUGCUGGCCCUCGGCUCGCAAAUGACCCUGGUCCAGGUCUCCAACUGGUUUGCUAAUGCCAGGAGGCGACUGAAGAACACGGUGAGGCAGCCAGACCUGAGCUGGGCGCUCAGGAUCAAGCUCUACAACAAAUAUGUCCAGGGCAACGCGGAGAGGCUGAGCGUCAGCAGCGAGGACAGCUGCUCAGACGACGGGGACAACCCUCAGAGGACACAGAGCGGCCCCGAGGAGCUCAACAAGCCCAUGUACCAGAGCGUGAUCAAGAAGGAGGGCUCCUCCAUGGUGGGCAUGGGCAUGGGCAUGGGCAUGGGCAUGGCCAUGGGUAUGGGAGCGGGACUGCGCUCGGCCGCCUCCCUUGCCGAGGACUAUGUGUCUCCGCCCAAGUACAAGAGCAGCCUGCUGCACCGCUACCUGAACGACUCGCUGCGCCACGUCAUGGUGGCCAACGCCGUCAUGGACGCUCGCAAGAGGAACCACUCCGGCUCCUUCAGCUCCAACGAGUACGAUGACGAGCUGCUCUCGCCGUCCUCCUCCGAGGCUGAGGCGAAUUUUGUUUAUCGGGCUGAAACCACAGACCAUGGAUCAAGUAAAUGUGACAAUGGCAGCGGUGGCGUCGGAAGUGCGCAAAAGGAGAGGGUGAAGGGCAAAGACGAGACAUACUGGAGAGAGAUCAACGCCGCUAUGGCCUUGACCAACUUGGCGCAAGGGAAGGACAGCACCUCCGGGACCACCAGCUGCAUCAUCCAGAAGUCCUCCCACAUAGCAGAGAUCAAGACUGUUAAAGUGCCUCUAAUGCAGAAAUAUUAGCCCUGACGUCGUCCUCCCAUCUCUUUAUGCAAACCAGCAAACAUUCCAGAGUCCAAAUAAACUCUGGCAGCAGUGAAAAGAGAACUGUUUUUUAGGGAGGGUCGGGGGGGGGGGAGGUUUGGUUGUUAUUGGUGUCUUAAAAAGUGCGAACAAGGCCAUGACCAUCAUUUUCUUUGCUGGGUUGACAGACAAAUGUCGGUGAGUUUCACUGCAGUAUUUCCUAAAACACUUUUGUAACGUUAACUUAUUUUUGGAUGGAUUUUUUUUAUUUCAUUUUUUUACGCUACAAAAAUUUGCCAAAAGUGCCUUUGUUAUUUAGACAAACAAACCCGACUUUGGUCAGUGCAAAGUGCGGAUACUGAGGUGCCUCUCACUCUUCGGGAUUUGUUUUGUGAAUGAAAACCAUAACAGCCUGUGCCUUAAGGACUGAAUGAGCUCACCAUCUGAGGCACUGAUGAACUCAAAUAGCACACACACACGCACACAUACACACUCCUUAGAAAACACCCAGCAGUAAUUCCCUGAAGGUAUUGUGCUUAUUUUGGCUGGAGUCUUCAUUUUGACUGUAAACCAAACGCUGUUUUGUCUCAGUCAGCCUCUCGUUGCCGGCAGCUCAACAAUAACUGUUGGAUAUGUACAGUAGAUAAGCUGUCCCUAACACGAGCAGCAGAUCUCCAAGCAGUCUCCGCCUUGUCCACAUGUCGGCCUUGGAUUUCACUACCCAGCGAAGGAUUCCUUUCUUAUCGGGGCUGUUAGUUGCUGAAACGUGCCCGAACGCUCAGCUGGGCCCAAAUGAAGUCACGUUCACCCACGCAGUAACACAGAAGUAUGUAAAUCUAACAGGCGUGCUUUAAGGUUCAGCGCAAUAUCUGUCCCAACAGAAGUAUGCCAUGUCCUAAAAGGGAUGUUUUUGCUUUGCAUUAUCAGUGUUUUAUGCGCACAGUGUUUCCUAUUAUUAUUUUUUUUACAUGUUUGCGCUCAGAACAAGAUGGUCUGGAGUGAAAAAAAAGCCACCACCAGCUCCCCGCACUCUUUUGGUCCUCAGCCCUCUCAGCUGUUUAGCAUUAUAUUCAAAUUGCUGUUUACAAGAAGCAAGAGGAAGGACUCAAAGGUUUGACUUUUCCACCCUCGCUUUUUUUUUGUCUUCAAAAAUACUUUCAGUAUUAUCUAUUUGUCGGCCAAGCAAGUGUUCAAAGUAUUUGUUAUUGUCAUAUGUGGUUUUUUUUAACAGAACUUUGUACUUGGUUUCACUUAAACAUACCGCAUUAAGAGCUUCUUUUGUCAUCCAAUGGAAAGAAUCUCUUUUCUAGAAAGGACUUAUGUAUGUUAUAAACGAUGCCAAGUUCACAAACUGGGGAAAAUCGAGUUGGACUUACGGGAGAAACUGAAGUUGUCUCUCCAUGCUGACUUUUUAAUUUGAUGUAUAUGUCUUUAAGGUACUGUUUAUGUGUGCCAAAAUUUCUUUAACAAACACAAACUGCGUUUAUGGUCAAGGACUUUGAGAGGGAGUGAAGUUGCACAAAGUGACUUUUUGACCUUUUGUAUGUCUUGAAUGUGCAAACUGUAAAAAGAAAGAAAGUUGCAAUUAUAGUUAUUGGUUUACAGACAGAAAACACAGCCUCAAUUGAUGGUGUAUUUACAUAAAGGUGAAAAGAAGUAAAAGAAAUGAAGUACAAGCCUAUGUUAUUCCUGUUAGCCUUCCUAUGGAGGUAUAAUGAAUCCCCAAUCCCCCAAUCCCCAGGCACUAUUUGCUUAUGCAGUGGGGGUUGUGGGCUCCCACAUGUGUUUUUUAUACACCUGAUCCAGGCAGGGUAGCUGCGGGGCAGUGCGGGGCCCGCUCCUUGUGUUUCUAAUCGCACCUCUGAACCUCUGGACCACUCGCAACCCUCACACCUCACAUGAUACCCGCUUUCUGGGAAAAGAAAGAGCGAGAGCAGGAGGCUUCAGAGACAACAGAGAUCCUUUGUUGUUCCUGUACCUGCAGUCAUUCCGCAACGACGACGCCAGUUCUAACAAAAGGGGUAUCCACGGCCAAGACUUCGGUACUGUACAUGCCUUUUUUUUCCAGCACAAGCCCUACUUCCACAACCAUGCUGACAAAUGGAAAGCGAUGGUAUGUAUUAAAGCCUAUAAAUUAUUAUCGCACACUUUGUAAAAACAAAGUGGUGACCAUGGUUUGUUUUUUUAAUUGUUAAGUUAUAUAAAUUGAGAUUUUUGUUUUGUUUUUGAUAGAGACUGGAUUUUCAAUCCAAUGACCAAAUGCAUAUCUCCAUGUAUUGUCCGAGUUGCUCUCAUGUAAAAUUUCUUUUAUAACAACAGUUGGUCAAAGCAAAUAAUGAAUGAAUAAACCUCUGAAUGAAAUGAAAAA